UUUAAACUUUAAAACCAUUGAUAAUUGGUUGAAUUUCAACUGCUCAACCACUGUUAGUUACCUUCCACUUUGUCAGGUUUUCUUCUUCUUCCUAAUUUACUUAUUUAUUUUUUUAAAAGUUUUGAACUGCUAUCAAGUUUACUCAAAUGGUGCAUUCAUGGGUUUGUUGCUUGAUAUGGGGCUAAAUAUUUCUGGCAAAAAAAAAAAGGUUAAAUGCUAGCAUUAAAAGGAAUCUCAAGCGUCUAUUAUGGCAGUCUCCUUAAAAAGUUAAUGUAAAGGAAGACGCCAUUUGUAAAUUAUUAUACUAUUAAUUAAUAAUAAUUCAUACAAAUUCAACACACAGAGAAGGUUUUGGCAUUAUUGAGAGUUGAGAGUGUUUGACAUUAAAAAGCAAAGAUCAAAAAUAUUAAUACCAAAAAAGAAGGAAAAAAAAAAAGAAGAAGAAGAAGAAGAAAAGAAUGAAAACAUGUUGUUGGGGGAAGAGAUCCAUCAUCCACUCUCCACAAGUCUGCUGCCUUUCACCCUUUUUCCAUUCUUUUCAUGAAAAAAAAAAUGGGAAGAUCAUCACUCUACUACUGUUGAAAAACCCUUUUUCUCAAGCCUGCAAUCACCACCAUCUUCUUCUUCCUCAAUAUUCUUCUUUCCCUUUCAUGGUGGUGACUGCAGGCCGUCUGUAAAUUGAUGAUUUUGUGAUUAAAGUAAGCCCUUUUUUAAAAAAUUUAAUAAAUCUUAAUUUGAUUUUUAAUUCUUCUUUUUUGGUGUAUGCCCUGAAAUUAGGGAAGUUUUAGUUAGUUGGAUUCAUGUCAUGUCUACUUCAACAGAGAUUGAAGAUGGUCAAUCAGAGGUUGAGCCAAACAAAUCUAGAUUUGUAAAUCUCAUCCGCCAAUAUUCUCAACAAGUUUCCAAUACUAUGCGUGGCCUCAAGCUUAAAGACCGUUGUAAGAUCACCCAAGUUCACGCCUUUAAUCCAUCUGAACCCUCCACUAGUAGCACCGCCACUUCCACCACCGCCGGCGCCACCACCACCACCACCACGGCGGCGUCCUCCAAGCAGCCCCACCACAAUAAUCUGGGCUACCCCACAAUCAGCUCUGUUCUGUCCAACUCUGCCGAUUCCUUCUCCUUGACCACGGCUGAUGCGCUUCUCCCUUUUGGGUUGCCCUCCACUGAUUCCCUUGAGCCCUCCAUUGACCCUUUUCUGAAAUCUACCGACUUUAUUGAAUCCUUGGCGGGUCUUUAUCAGAAAAUCGAGAAGUGUUCAGAUGCUGAUAAAUCCCUGGUUUAUCUUGAACACUAUUGUUUGUUGUGUAGUCUUGGAGAUCCGAAAUUGCUCCGGAGAUGUCUUCAAUCUGCCCGCCAACACGCCGUUGAUGUUCACUCUAAGGUGGUUUUAUCAGCUUGGUUGAGGUAUGAGAGGAGGGAGGAUGAAUUGGUUGGUACUUCAGCUCUGGAUUGCAUCGGGAGAGUUCUCGAAUGCCCGAAGGCGACCUUGGCUUAUGGGUAUUUCCCCAGUUCAGUUUUUGAUCAUUGCCAGUGCUCUCGGACGAGUAAUGAGUCUUCUGACAUCUCACCCGAUGAGGAGGAUUUCGACUGCGAGAAUGAAGAUGCGGAUGUUUGCUUUUGUAUUGGGCAUGAGGAGGUUUACUGCCCCCGAGGUAAAAUUGCUGCUCUUUCUAGCCCUUUAAGAGCUAUGCUUUUUGGUAGUUUUGUGGAAUCAGGAAGGGAGAGAAUAGAUUUUUCACAUGUUGGGAUAUCUGCGGAUGGAUUGCGAGCUGUUAAAUUCUAUAGUCUGUAUGGGAGAUUAGGCUCAUCUUCCCCAGAUGUAGUUUUGGAGUUGCUUUCUUUCGCGAAUAGAUUUUGUUGCGAGGACCUGAAAUCUACUUGUGACAAUUAUUUAGCAUCGCUGGUUUCUGAUAUAGACGAGGCUCUGGUUAUCGUUGAUUAUGCUUUGGAGGAGAGAGCAUAUACUCUUGUGGCAUCUUGCUUGCAGGUUCUAUUGAGAGAGCUUCCAGGUUGUUUAUACAAUUCAAAAGUUAUGAAUGUAUUCUGCAGUUCUGAGGGUAAGGAAAGGUUGGCUUUGGUUGGGCAUGCUUCUUUCCUAUUGUAUUAUUUUCUUAGUGAGGUUGCUGUCGAAGAUAAUAUGACAUCAAAGGUUAGUGUGAUGUUACUUGAACGUUUGAGGGAAUGUGCGACUGAGAGGUGGCAAAAGUCCCUUGCAUUGCACCGAUUAGGUUGUGUGUUGCUUGCCAGGAAAGAGUAUAAGGAAGCUCAAUGCUGCUUCGAGGCAGCAGCUGAAGCGGGGAAUGUGUAUUCGAUGGCAGGUGUUGCACGCUCGAAAUUCAAGCAAGGGCAGAGGUUUAUGGCAUAUGAGCUUAUUAAUUCCCUAAUCACAACACAUAAACCUGCAGGAUGGAUGUACCAAGAGAGGUCUUUGUACAAUUUGGGUAAUAAUAAAAAGAUUUCAGAUUUGGACGAUGCUACUAAACUGGAUCCUACCCUUUCAUUCCCAUACAAGUAUCGAGCAGUUGCAAAGUUAGAAGAAGAUGACAUUGAGGCUGCCAUUUUGGAAAUAAACAGAGUUGCAGGGUUUAAAGUUUCUCCGGACUGCCUUGAACUGCGUGCUUGGUUCCUUAUUGCCCUUGAAGAUUAUGAAGCAGCUAUGCGAGACAUUCGAGCAUUGCUUACUUUAGAGCCAAAUUAUUUGAUGUUUGAUGGAAAAAUGAGGGGUGACGAUUUGGUUGAGCUCCUCAAUCAACAUGUCCAACGGUGGAGUCCAGCUGAUUGCUGGAUGCAUCUAUAUGAUAGAUGGUCUUCUGUCGACGACAUUGGCUCAUUGGCUGUGAUACAUCAAAUGCUGAUAAAUGACCCUGGGAAGAGUGUUCUUCGGUUUCGGCAAUCUCUACUUCUUUUAAGGCUUAAUUGCCAAAAAGCUGCCAUGCGGAGUCUGAGGUUGGCUCGAAAUCAUUCUGUCACUAAGCACGAAAGGCUAGUUUAUGAAGGAUGGAUUCUGUAUGAUACCGGUCACCGCGAUGAAGCGCUGUCUAAAGCCGAAGAAUCUAUUUCUAUUCAGAGGUCAUUUGAAGCAUUUUUCCUCAAAGCCUAUGCAUUGGCAGAUGCCAAUCUGGAACCUGAAGCCGCAGCCUAUGUUGUGCAACUCUUAGAAGAGGCACUUCGAUGUCCCUCUGAUGGUCUCCGGAAAGGACAGGCAUUGAAUAACCUUGGAAGUAUCUAUGUCGAUUGUGGCAAGUUGGACCUUGCAGCAGACUGUUAUGUAAGCGCCCUUAAAAUUAAGCAUACAAGGGCUCACCAAGGGCUGGCAAGGGUUUAUCAUCUUAAGAAUGAUAAAAAGGCUGCUUAUGAUGAAAUGACAAAGCUGAUCGACAAGGCACAAAACAAGGCAUCGGCAUACGAAAAACGAUCAGAAUAUUGUGACCGGGACAUGGCGAAUAAUGAUCUCAGUAUGGCAUCACAAUUAGAUCCUCUCAGAACUUAUCCUUACAGAUACAGAGCAGCAGUUCUUAUGGAUGAUCAAAGAGAGAAUGAAGCUGUGGAAGAGCUAACAAAAGCCAUAGCCUUCAAGCCAGACCUGCAGAUGCUAAAUCUUCGUGCUGCUUUCCAUGAGUCCAUGGGUGACUUAAAUUCUGCCCUCCGUGAUUGUCAGGCAGCCCUCUGUUUGGAUCAAAAUCACAAGGACACCCUUGAAUUGUACAACAAAACAAAAACCCAAGGUGUUGAUCCACGUGCUUAAUGAGUCCAGUCACUCAUGUACAAAUUGCAAGUUUUGGCAGCCUCUUUCAGCUUUGUGGAAAAGAAGGAUUUUUUUCUGCUUGGGCUGUCCACUUCGCCACUCCGAAUUUAGUCUCCUGAGAAUUUGAGAUGUCACUGGCCGUGGCACAUGGAGAAUGUUGAUAGAAGAGGACUUAGGAGUUGUACAUACAUCAACAGUUCCUGGUGAAAGCGAGAGUGAAACAGGAGUUAUGAUCAAUCCAGAAAGAUAAACGUCCCCACAGUGAACAGCCAAACAUUACACCAUAGAGAAAUUUCAGGGUAAUUCAUGUGUUACCUCUUUUAUUGCUCACCUGUCGAAUAUGCUACAAACUUAAAAAACUUUCUGAUUUUUGAAAUGAAAGUGAUCUUCUUUGGUGUCAUGCACAAAAUGAGAAUUGUCAUAUCAAUUUUCAGGAAAAAAAAAAAAAAGGUUAGGAAGAAAGUGAUUUUCUGUCAGUGGCCGUUACGGUUGACCAUUUGUCCAUACUCCAUCUGAAUCCAUCUUUGUCUCAAUUUACGAAAAUAUAGAUAAUAUUGAAUUCUAUUUGCUGAUGCAGUAAGUGACCAAUUUAAUGAUGUUAUGUUGCUCCUCUAUGGUGGAGUACUUGCGUCAAUACGUGAGGUUGUUAUUGUGGUUUGGUUGAGGGACGGGGAGAUUGUUUUUUUUGGGGGGUGGGUGGGGGGUGUGUUUAAUGAGUAUCUAGGUACUCUUUCUAUCCUAAAAUGAUACAAGAAUCAUUUAGAGUGGAGGGAGCGAAGAGAGAAAAACGACUACAUAUGAUUUAAACUUGUGAAAUUUCUUUUCAUUAUAUACACAUUCAAGGCAAAUGUACAUAUCAUAUCUUCACCGAAAUAUAACCCAAACGUAAAAGAAUUAAAAAUCAAAAGAAGAAUGAAGCAUCAUUUGGUUGACCGACAAAUUGGGAGCUAAAAAAGAAUACAGCAAUAAGGCAUUAGAAGACUUGUCGGACUGGGAGCCUUGAAACCUCUUAUAAUUUAUGCUGUUGACAUGAUUUCUACUUCAGCCCACCAAAGAGGUGAUGUUUUGGGUGUAGCUCCAUCAGGUUCAAUAGUAGUUAUUUCUUUCAAUCUGGCUACUACUUCUUUCAUACUUGGGCGCUCUUCUGAAUCAGGAUGUAGACAAUCUUGUACGAGUUUGAAUAGUUUCUCAACCUCUUCAUUCCGGAAAGAAUGGAACGUUGGAUCCACUAUAUCUCUAAAGGGCCUCCCUUUCCUGGAGUAAUCCCGUGCCCAGUCCGCUAGAGAACCAUCAUCAGCUGACAUUGGAAGCCUACCUGUGAGCAUUUCGAGCAUGAUUACCCCGAAGUUGAAGACGUUGCUAGCCGGAUCAUCAGCUGAUGGAGUUUCCAAGAGCUUCAUAGUUUCUGAUCCCAUCUUUGCUGCGAUUACUUCAUUCCAGAUGCAGAAAUCGGACAUCUUUGCCGCGUAGUCUUCUGUAAGAUAUAUUGACGAUGAUUGCAGGUUCCAGUGGGCAAUAGGUGGGUUGAGCUGGUGCAUGUACUCAAGGCAGUAUGCUAUACCCAUUGCUAUCCGCAACCUUGCGCUCCAGUCCAGGGGCUCAGAUUCUUUAACUGCAGAGGAUCAGCAAAAGAAUGUGGACUGAAUCACUAAAGUUUUGCCAUUUAUAAUGAGAUUAUUCAGCUUCCCGGGUAUAUAACUUACUAUGCAAGUGUUCAAACAGCGUUCCGUUUGGAGCAUACUCAAAAACCAUCAUUCGGGUAAAAGGCAUCUCGUCUUCACAAUAGCCGAUGAGGUUCACAAAGUUCUUGUGAUUGAUCCUUGUCAAUGUGUCUAUCUGGAAGAACAGAAGAAAUGAAGAUAAUUAAUGGCAGUCUGAUUGGCCACUUGAUACAACUCAAGAAAAUAAUUUUAUCUUGCCUUGUGUCUGAACUGGAUUUCCAAGUUUUUCGACCAGUCUUUAGCGGACUUUACUGCAGUAGAUGUCACUGCAAUUUCAACACCACUUGAAAGGGUCCCUUUGUAAACAGUGCCAUCUGAGAGAGCCCCAAUUAUAUUGCUGAAAUCUUCGCAAGCUACUUCAAGUUCUGAGCGCUGGAGCUUUGGCAC